AUGAAGUUCGUCCUUGCAACUGCAGGCCUCAGUCUCAGCCUCACGAGCGCUUUCCACAUCCCUGAAGGCAUUCAAGAUGGUGUCUAUUCCGUUCAUGUCUACCCUAACGGCACCGAGGAGCAUAACCGCCUCCCCAACCCCUCACCGCUAGGCUCUGCGCUCCAGCUUCGCAAGCGCCAAGGAGAGUUCUAUGGAGGACCACAAUGCUAUGGUGGCGAUGAGGGCGGAGAACUGAACCAUGGCGACACCGACGCUGCGAACGCAGCCCUGCAGAAUCAGUGCGGCUAUGGGGCGAACAUCAACUACGGCGACGACUUCUACUCCAUCUACGGCUGCACUGUUGCAUACGCCUGCAAUUUUUACGACAACUCCAACGCGCCCGCAGGGGCUAACGACGAUUACACGACUUGCUUCGCUGACUGCAGUGUUCAUGCCAAUCAAAUUAUUACCAGUGGCUGUGGCGAGUAUCAGCCUGGCUCGAUCCAGGACAACCUGUACGAAGUUGCGUACGGCUACGAGAACUUCUGUUCUAGCAGAGGCUCCAACUUCUGCGGUCGUGGCACGGGUUAG